AUGACGAGCGCCUCGACCUCCACCGCAGGUCUCGAGGGCCCCUCCAUCACGCGCAAGCCCUCCACGCUCACCACCGCCCAUCGUUCGCCACACAGCCACAGCGGAUCCGGCGCAGGUCUCUGGCUCGCCAACACGCCCAGCCCGGACACGUCCGCCUUUGCAGAACCACCUUCCACACGCACCGACAGCGUCUCCUUCAAGGACGACGAGUCUCGCAAAGUGUACCAUUUCUCCGCCGAUCUUGCGCGCACAUCCUUCGGCGGGCGACCACUCACCCUCGUCGGGUCGGCCGACUUUGAUCCGAUUUACGCCAACAAGCGCCCCGCAGUAGCGUCCGAUGAUGGCGAUGUCGACCUCGACCUCUCGUUCGAUUACAUUUCCAGAUUCGACCGGUCGUCGUCGUCGGAGCAGCAGGACUCGAGCGGAACCGCCUUUGAUAGCUCGAGAGAGACGGGGAUGUUGACGAGCCAGUUUUCACCAGAUGACACGCCGGAGUCGCUCCAAGCUCCAGGGAACCACACUGCCACAGUAGGCAGCUCGCUCAUGCCAGCUGUCACGUCAUCGUCGUCUUCGGGCUCACUUUCGUCGUCCACGAACAGCAGUGUAGUACGCAGCAUGCAAGCUAAUGCGACGUGGGACAAGCGGAGGAAGGCGCCGCCGGCACCGCUCACCUUGACGCCGCAAUCUUCCCAGCGAGCGCGACCGCCUCAGCCGAGUGUGCGACCACCGAGCCAGCAAGUCGGACAAAGCGCCUUCUCCCCCGUCACACCUGGUGCUUCCACUUCGGCGGCGUUCAUGGGUGACUUCGGUGCACCUCCCGCGCUGCCCGUCACACCGCUCAGCGCUACUCGUCGAGGCGCCUCGAUCAAUCGCAUUCCCGAGACGACUCCAGGGCGAGAAGUGCGUCGAACAGCAUCGACCUCGACGAGCAACGAGGCGCUUCGGCGCACGCCCACGGCUACCACACCAUUAAGCGCGACACCCGUGGCCAAGCGCGCACGCUCCCAUUCCAAUCGCUCCUUCCGCGCCUCUGCAUCGCUCGCCUCGCUUGGGCCUCCUCCGUUUCCACCACCCACCGAACCCCUCCCGUCGCCGCUCGCCGUCAGCCCGUCGUUCCCCACCCAGUCGUCGGCGUACAACACCGCCAACGAUGCGACGACGGUGCCGCGGUCGACGCAGCGCAGCAGCCUGGACAGCUUCCGCACCGCCGCCUCGGACGGUUUGCCCAUGACGACGAGCAGCCGGAGCGUGCACGACCGUCGAUGGGCGUCUGACGAUGCGGCGCCGCCACUUCCGCCUCUUCAGCGCUACGAGGCGAUCUUCGGAAACUGGACGACUUCGUCGAGCGGCGCGAGCUCGCAACCCAUGGCAUUCAGCAACACGCUCGCGUCGACCGCGUCGACGGGCAUGACGUGGAGCAUGUCCGAUCGGUCCACACCGUCGAUGAGCCCCUUGACGCCCUUCACGCCCGCUUUUCCGGAUAGCGCAAAGACGACCUUCACGCGACCACCCAGCGAGGUGCCGCUGCCGACGGAGAAGGUGGUGCACCCUGCCAUGUCGCUCGGCGGAGCAGGGGCGACGUUGCAGGAGGCCGACGAGCGGGGCGAGCGCGAUACGGAACAGUGGAUUCGGACGCAGCGUUCGAGGAAGGCCAUGGCGCAGCAUGAGGAGUUGGCGUCUCACGCGCGAUUGUUGGAGGCCAACCAGCAGGCCGUACGACUGAGCAUCCGCGCGAGCCACAUCGCACCUGCCGAAGACAAAGAGACAAGAGAAAGACAGGACACCGAAAGCACGGACGACGAGCACGUCAAGCGCCACACGAUGGUCAUCUCGACCGCGUCGACGCCGGAGGAGCGAUCGGAUCCGUUUGGGUUCGUCGCAGGUCAGCCCAGUCUGAUGGAGCGCGCAAACACGCACAACGAGCUGGAGACAGCUUCCAAGAUGAACCUGCCGAUGACGCGCAAUCGCAGUGGCACGACGGGGCCAUGGGCCCAAUCCCCGUUGCUGUUGAACUUCCAGCUGCCUCCUCCCACUACGCAGAACGACAACGAGCAGGAGAAGGUGAUCGGUCUCGGUCUCGACCUUAACUUCCCUGCUUCGCAAGUCGAGGCUAAGCAGCACGGCUUUGCACCGAUAACCACCGACCUCCUACGUCAGGCCUCACGCGUUUCCAUGCGUCAGCAAGAGCCGGAUGCGCCCUCGCCGCACCUGGCGAUCCAAAUGUCUCCCGAGGCGAAGCUUCAUCGCAAACGGAGCAAGUCCAAAGAGGUGCUCCUCACCCGCGGUCCAGCCGCCAAGGCUCUCGGUCCCGAUCCGAACACGCCCGCCGAGGUCACCGUCAAUCGCGCCCAAGUGCUCCACCCAUCGCAGAGCGUCGCAUCGACCAUCUCUGCCUUCACGUACAACGCCACGCCUGCGCCCGCUGAUGGUAGCCGGCCCGGGGUCAAGCCGAAAACGAUCGCCGCACAUCGCAGUCGAGAAAGCCUACUCAACCCAGAGAGCAAAUUUGUCAGUGUCGAUCUGAACGACGCUGCCCCUGUGCCUGAGGCCGUCAAGAUCGAGGGCGCAAGACCUGCCGCCGCUCCGUGGGUGAGCAAGCUCUGGACGGCCGUUGCGUCCCCCCGCCAAGCCUCGGGGGAUCGCUCUAUUGACCUCGAGCAGGCCAACAGCAGCAGUAGCAGCCGGGAUCGUGUUCCGUCGCGCACCUUCCGCCCGCUCUCGCUGGUGGAAAAGCGUCAGAGCAGCGGCCGAUUCCAGGCCCGCGAGCGGUUCCGCUCCCCAACACCGGGAGAAGAGGACGAGGUGGCGGAGAAGGAUGCCCGUGCUGUAGCGCUGCGGCUGCUCGCCGGGUCACCACGCAUCCCGCCCCCGCUCGAUGAGGAUAAAGUCGUCGACACCGCGGAAGAGAGCAUGGACCGCUCCGGCGCAUCCGCGGAAGAGCGGGAGAAGGAACGCGUGGAUGCACUCAAGAAGCUCAGACGGAUGAGCGCCAUGGAGAGGCAGAAGAAGAGGAACUCGGGGAUUGGGUACAUCACUUCUACGCCCGCCGUGGUCGAGUCGAGGCUGCCGUACGUGCACGACGAGAGUCGCGAGGAGCCGCAGGAUGCCGCGGCGGUGCGUCACGGUGGCUUUUCAAGAGUCGCGAGUAUGAACAGGAAGAGGAUGUCGAUGGGCGUGUUUGGUGGUAAGGAGCGGAUGACGACGCUGCCCGUUCCCGAGCAGGGCGAGGAUAUCACUGGUGCACCCGAGCAUGCUUGGUUUGACGCAAUGCGCUCGCCUAUGGACGCAAACAGCCCGGCUGGCUUCACGCCUCGUAUGGCGUUCGAAGCUCGUCAGCCUGCAGGAGCGUCGACGGUCAACCACAUCCCCCUCAUGCUGGCCGGCAGCGCGACGGCGGCCCGCCCCGCUCCUUCUGCUGCGGACCAUGGGCUCACUCUGUCCGAGCUCGACCGCGCGCGCGAUGAGAUGCGCCGUCUCGCAAGCCAAGGUAUGGCGUUCAACCAGGCCGAGUACGCCGAAGACGCCGCAGAGACGUUCCACACUCCCGUGCCGGAUAUGGCCGAAGGCUGGGCGUACGCUGGCGAGCACGACGCUGGAUACUACGCCGAAGGGGUCGACUUCCACGAUGCGACCCAGCCCACUACCGAGCUGAACGACUUUGGCAUCAGUCCCGAAAAGAAGGAGACGCGUUUGCAUCGUCGGACCCGCACCGCCCGGUUCGCCGAUGACGACUACCACCACCACUACGAGCAGGAUCAUCCGGACGACCAGCCGACGGUCUCCAUCUUUACUCGUCCGCGCCAUGGUGUAUCAAGCAGUGUGCAUCUGCCCUACCACUCGCAUGGCCAGGCUCCGCAAACCGAGCACCGCAGUCGAUCGAAGCGUCGAGCAGCAGCGCACGCCGCCGGCCACGGGCUAUUCGCCACCCCCGCCUCGCUGCUCGACAGCGCCACGCCGAGCAAAAACAUGUUCUGGGCGGGCUUCCUAGGCAUGCCGUGGCUAUGGAUGAUCGGAGGCUGGUACCUCACCCCUGACGGUCAACUUCGUCAUCCCUCCUCCGAUUCGCCCAAAACCGACGUUUGGCAGCACGAACCCUCCAUGCCUCCUCCCAACUUUGGGUCUACCACCUUCGCCUCAACUCAGGAGAGCUGGGGUCUACCGGGCAUGCCUUCCCACUCGUACCUCUCCACCGGCACGACCGGAACGGCGCAGUCGACAAGCACCGACCCCAGCCGACCGCCGCCGAGCCGGGUGCGCAAGAGCAAGACGCGCAGCUUCGGCGCGCUGCUCGAUAGCAACCCCGAAGUGAGUUUCUACGCCUCGCCCGUGCGGGUUGUCCAGGAGCCGCCGGCGAGCUUUGGCGGUGUUUGGCGUGGGAACAUGACGCCGUUGAUGGAAGAGGAGCCGGCGCGGAGGAGUCGACUCUUCGCCGGCUACCCUGGAGAGUUCAGCCCCGACGCAGCCAAGGCGAGCCCGAUGCUAGGCUACCAGACCGCCAUGGCGAGCAAGCAAGGCUGGAAGGACCUCGAGCGGUACGUGCUGCUGAAUCGGCUCGCGGCGCUGCUCUCGGGCGUGCUGGUGUUUGCUGGGUUUACAGGAGCGGUGUAUGCCGUGGUGACAAAUUUUUAA